AUGCCAUCAGUAGAGAUUUCUGAUAUGGUCGAAGAGUCCAAAGGACAACAGCAAAUCGACAGUACAAAUGGAUUAAGUGAAAACUCCCCGGAUGCCUUCUCACCUCUCAAUUGCGACGAUAAACCCACCAAUGGGGCUGGUGAUUCCGUGACAGACGAAAACGAUGACGAUAGCAGGAAACUUUUUGUCGGUGGUCUAAGCUGGGAGACAAAUGAAAAUGACUUGAAGGAAUACUUUUCUCGUUGGGGAAAAGUUACACAAUGUAUUAUAAAGCUGGAUAGAUUCACCGGUAAUUCAAGAGGAUUUGGCUUUGUUACUUUGGAAAGCGAAGAUUGUGUUUCAAAAGUUCUCAGUGUCUCUGAGCAUUGGUUAAAGAACAAAAAAAUUGACCCCAAAAAAGCGAAACCUUCUCGAGAACCCCUAAAGAAGAUUUUCGUUGGGGGUAUUGAUCCAGAAGUAACGGAAGACCAAAUACGAGAAUAUUUCAGCAGUUAUGGAAAGGUUGAGUCUUUAGAUUUGCCGUAUGAUACUCAAAAGGGAAAGAGAAAACAUUACAUAUUUGUCAGUUUUUCCACUGAAGCAGCUGCUAAAAAAGCUAUUUCAAAAGAACGUCAAGAAAUUUUCGGUCGACAGUGUGAUGUCAGGGUCGCUGUUACACGUGAUCAAGCUAACAGACAAAAAGUAGCCUUAAAACAAUGGUAUAGCUGGUUAGAUCCCAGUUUCUCUUAUCCAGGAUAUGCUUAUGGUGACUUUGCGAACGCUUACCCUGGUUUUGAUCCUUUUGCAUACAACUAUUAUGGAUAUGAUUAUUAUGGAAGUGCGGCAGCAGCUGCCGCUGCUACAGGAUAUGGAGCAUAUACCAAUCUAGCUGCUGCUAAUCAAUUUCGUGGAGUAAUCAAUCCUAACAAAGUAAAUCAAAGUAUACGUACUCCUACUGCUACAGCGCCCGGAGCUGCAGCACGUAUAAUCGGUGGUGGUGGUGGUGGUGGUGGUACAACUGGAACCAUGGGUACCAACCCUCAUCAAACUCAAUCUCAUACACAUUUAAACUACACAAAUCUACUCGCAUCCCAACUAG